AAUAAAUAAAAACAAAUAAUCUGCGUUAGGUGACUGUGGCCACCGCGAUCCGCGACGCUUCAAAUCCUCGCAAUUAUUCCCGAUCCACCCUACCUUUCUGGCUCCCCUCCGCCUCCGCCUCCGCCUCCGCCGCGAAUGUCUCACUUCGCAUUCCUCGCGGCGGCGCUCUUCCUGCUGGCCGCCUCCAGGUGGACAUUGCCGACCUCCGCUGAACUCCCCCGAUUCCGCGAGGCCCCGGCUUUCCGCAACGGACCCGGCUGCGUCUCCGCUCCGACCAUCCACAUCGCCAUGACCCUCGACGCCGCCUACCUCCGCGGCUCCGUAGCCGGUGUCCUCUCUGUUCUACGCCACUCCUCCUGUCCCGAAUCCAUCGCCUUCCACUUCCUGGCUACCCGACCACGCCGCUUCCGUCCCGUCGUGGCCGCCGCCUUCCCCUACCUCACCUUCGAAGUCCACCGCUUCAACCCCGACGUCGUUCACGGCCGCAUCUCCUCCUCCGUCCGCCGCGCCCUCGACCAGCCCCUCAACUACGCGCGCAUCUACCUCGCCGAUAUCCUCCCCCGCUCCGUGCGCCGCGUCAUCUACUUCGAUUCCGACCUCGUCGUCGUCGACGACGUCGCCCGCCUUUGGGCCACCGACCUCGCCCCUUACCAGGUCCUCGCCGCCCCCGAAUACUGCCACGCCAACUUCACCACUUACUUCACCGACCGCUUCUGGUCCGAUCCGGUACUCCCCCUCGUCCUCACUGGCCGCCGGCGCCCGCCCUGCUACUUCAACACCGGGGUCAUGGUCGUCGAUCUCGACCGCUGGCGUGCCGGCGGGUACACCCGUAAACUUGAGUUCUGGAUGGAAGUCCAGAAGCGCAAGGCCCGGAUCUACGAGCUCGGCUCGCUUCCGCCGUUCCUCCUCGUCUUCGCCGGCGAGGUCAAGGGAGUGGACCACCGGUGGAAUCAGCACGGCCUCGGCGGCGACAACAAGGAGGGCCUAUGCCGAAAUCUACACUCGGGGCCGGUGAGCCUCCUCCACUGGAGCGGAAAGGGCAAGCCGUGGCUCCGCCUCGACGCCGCCCGCCCGUGCCCGCUCGACGAUCUCUGGGCGCCGUACGACCUCCUCCUCCGCGACGACGACCCCUUCUCCGACGUCUGAUCCGCCCCUCCUCCACGUCCACCGUCGACGACGGCCAUCCGAUCUGAUCGAUUCGCGCCGCGGGGCCUUGCUCGAGUGAAGGGGCCCGUGGCAGCUGGAGGCGGGGGGACCCUUCAGAUGCAUAGAAGGGCUACCAUAACUUCAGCUCUAGAGUUCCUUUCAAUCUGUCUUCAUGACAACAAGGCAGGAGACGAACUGUUCUUGUCUUCUUCUCUUAUCGUCAUAGAUUGAUUCUUUGCCGUUCAUAAUAGUUUUCAGAUAUCGUAAGGUCCAUUUUUAUUCGGCUUUAUCGACUCGCUGGAUGAUUCAACGAACUGACUCGAUCAAAUGUAAAAGGUUUCAACUGGGUCAGGUCAUGCCGGAUCCAGAUCCGGAUCCGGCAAACAGUUGGGCCUAGCACAAUUCAAGGGCUGAAGUGCUGAACUCUACUGGAUCUUAAGCCCACUUCGAACCCAACAAAAACCCAUUUAAAUCCGAACGUCGCCAUGGAGCACUCUUUUCCUCUUUCCGUCGCUCCUCUGUCGUCAUCUCAUUCGCCUGUUCGAUCGCCACGGAGCUCUCUUCAACGGGAUGGGCGUCAAACUGCAGACCUUGCUAAGGUCUUGCCUGCAGCCGACGCACCUGACGAUCGGCCCAUGUUGGAAGAUAAGUUUAGGUCGUAGUGGAAUAGAUCAGAUCUUGAAGGAGGAAUAUUACCAUUUAGUUGUUUCUAUAGUUUUCAAAUGUUUGAUUGACCUGACGCUAUAAGAUUGUUAAAAAGUAGCUGUAGGCUUCUUACUGGAAUGAUUCGUAAGAAUGCUUGUUGAAUUAACUAUUUAACUUGGUUGCAUGUGGCAACUGCGUGCAUCUGGUUUAAAUAUAGUCACCUUGUGGGCUCAUUUUGAGCAGUACAAUCAUUGCAUUUGAAUGAAUUGCCCCAUCAUUCAUUGCUCAUUGAAAUAUGGGACUCUCCAUUAACAGAAAUGAAAGUUACCCCACCUCCAAGUUCACUGUUCUUUGAUACUCUUCACAGUUCAAAUUCCUUAUGGUUCUGCCUGCAAAAUUUCAUAGCAAACUUUUUCUAUAGUAUGUGGAUCUCAACCCUAAGUGAAAGCUGACUUGGAAAUGGAUAACACAGGUGUUUUUUUUAUCAUCAUACCAUUUAAAUUAGUUCUACACUAAUCUUGAUCUUGGAACUAAAUUAUCUAUCCAUCAAUUCCUGAAAAGAGAACACCUUCUGGUAUCAUGGAGUUCUCUCUGUUUCCCUAUCUAGUUAAUGGAUGAUAGAAUGAUCAAGAUAUUAGUCAUUGUAAGGUGUAGAUAAACUGAAUCAGUACAUUUCUUUAAGCCAACUUAUUUAGGAUAAUAUAGAUGCUAUGUAAUGGUGACCUUCAAUUAAAGAGAAUAGUUUACAGAAACUUAACACGGAUUUGUUCUUUUCCUAUACUUAUAGAGCCUAGGCUUUUCCAUGGUUACGCAAUGUUUCCUGGAACUUUAAAAAACCACUCAGCUUGAAAUAAAUUAGAUUUGGCACCAUGUCCGUCAUCAGAAGUUGUCAUAUUCAAUUAUCAUGCUUUGGUUAAGCAAAAAAAUACGACAGAACCUUCAUUUGUUUUAAUCUGCUGUUGAUUUAUUCUAUUUGGGAAGAGAAAACUUGAAGAGAAGAAAAGCUUAACCAUCUUCUUUAUGCCGACAUUAGAAUACAUAGAUCUACCUAUACAUUUCAGAGGUAUUUGGCUUGAGAUCUUAUGGAAUUCCUGUCUACAUAUCCAUUUUUUAUGGGGCAGUACUACUCUGUAUGAUUGUACACAUCUCUUACAAUAACCAUAUGAGAUAUUAUUGGGCUGAAACUUUGACUUCAAGGACUGCAACAAAAUUGUAUCUUUCUGGGACAAUCUGAUCAGUUGUGCAGUGGAUUUGGACCCUGAGGCACAAAUCUCUUGGAAACUCCAUAAAUUGGACUGAAGUCGUCCUGCUCAUCUUGCUUGCUAGGAGGAGAUCUGUUGGAGAAAUAACCCAUGGGAGGUGCUGAGUACUUGCUCUUCCAUCUCUCUACUUCUCUGUUGACAGUCCUCGCAUGACCCAGAGCAUUGAGUUGUCCAGUAGCCAGCAAUAGCAGAAGAAAAGAGACCAGGCACGACCAAGAAUGGUCUUGCAGCCUCAUGGCGAGGGAAGGCUGAAGAGGAAGGAGGAGGUAGGGAGGGAACUAGAGCAAGGCACCAAGGUUGAAAUAAAGUCAGGUAGGAUGGGAAACUAUUAAUAUGGGGCCUUCUCCAAGAGUGACUUAAAUAUUAUCUUUGUGCAGCUGUCCAGCUGACUAAAAAUUAAAAACCCAUUUGGUGCCCUUAGAAAUGCUUCAUCUAAGCAUGCUUCCUUGAAAUCCAAACAAGCAGAAAGAGGUAAAAUGAUCGAAAUCAAUGCUUUGUCCUACACAGUCGGUGUUGACAUUGUUGGUUGUAGAUUCUCUUAUUUACAUUUGUCAUUACUAGUGAUGCAGUGAUCAUGAUAAAAUUCAGCAAUCCAGCGUCAUCAACAUGACUCUGCGUCUUUGUUAAAUCUUAUCAUUAUAUCAGACUCAUAUUCCUGCUUCA